CAAUUUUCUUUCGUUUUAUGUAAAUUCACACAUAGUUAAACUGACUGGUGAAUGGAUCAAUACACUGGACAUCCUUAUUUCAUAUGUUGAUUCGCAAUUAUACACUUUGGUUCUCAGUAUUGCAGUGUGCGAUAGGAUACUGAGGACGAGGACUAGCACGUACGGCAAACUACAUCCAGACCCUCGGGCACUAUUUUUUUUUGUGAGAUGUAUAGCACAACAGCCACAAACCUGGUAGGGAUUUCUACCAACGUGAACUCGCAGCGCAUACGAGCGAAGAAGCCUAAAGUGCGUACUGGCUGUAUUACAGACACGCCUGCAUGCACUCGCUGUACCUCUACUGGACGAACGUGUGAAGGAUAUCAUAUCCCGCAAAGGAAGAAACACGUGUUUACAAAGAAAAGUCGGAAGGAGUUAAUCUCUACGUAUGCCAAUCUAUGCCAGAGACUGAAACCUCUGCGACCAGUACGUGCAAGUAUAACAGGUACUGGCGAAGAGCGUAUGUUCUUCCACCAUUUCGAGAUCUCACUAUUAGCGGGUGACCGCCCAUUCUUUCGCAAGGGAGACUGGAGCACGAAUUUUUGGAGUUCUCUUUUGCCGCAGAUUGCGCAUUCGAAUAACGCAGUCAAACACGGGCUAAUCGCUUGGAUGGCAAGUUAUCGAUCAAUGAAGUUGCAGAAUGAAAGUUCUCCAGAUGCUUCGGCAAAUCAGUACCCGGAGAAUUUCUCUAUCAACCAGUACAACAAGUCGAUACACUAUUUGAAGCAGUACACAACUGACUUGACGUUUGAGAACAUCGAGACAACGCUGAUUUGCUGCUUGAUUUUUAUCUGCUUGGAGACGAUUCGAGGCAAUGUGAAAGCUACUCGCGUCCACCUCACAAGGGGCUUUGAGAUAAUCGAUAAGCUUGUGUCUAAUAGCUUCUUUCUUUUCUGCAGUGUUCCUGAAGAUGACCAACGGGUGCAGGAUUUGCAGAACAAUGCAUGCCGUCAGGGCUUUAACCCCUCUCGAUUAUCCAAGAUAGAAUGGUAUUCCAUACUACGAUUCUUCAUAGAGCUUGAACUAGGCGCAACUCUUUAUGACAGCACGACAGUGCCAUCUAUGAGCCUGCGCCUGCUCAGCCUAGGAGAGUUCUUUGUGGAAGAGGUGCCCAGAUUCCAGGUUACGGUAGACGCGACUAGUGCUUGUUCGCAUUGGUAUUAUCAUGUCUUCGCGUAUCUAUACAAAACUGCACCGUACAAAGGCGAUACCGACUGGUGGAUGCAGCCUGAGCAGCAGCGCUUACAUACAAGAUUAUUAUCGUGGGGCCGGAAUCUGCUGCGUCGUAUUGACGAAUUCACAUAUCAGCCAUUCGCCCCCGGGCCAGAACGAAAUGUCGAAUUUUGUAGUCUUCUGAUGAACAGAGCGCAAGUACGUGGUUUGAUGCCACUCGUCGAAUGGAUGCCGCACCGGUACACCCGAGAACAGAUUUUUGACAGCUACGAGGCCAUGCAGCGAAGGAACGUCGAAGACUGGGAGGAUAUUAUACAGCACCUUGGGUCUCCAGAUAACGUACCAGACCUAAGCAUCGAUUUCAACGGGUUUCUUGUGAUGGUAUACGGCGCAAUGUUCCAAGCAUACGACCCCGAAACUCGUCGAAGAGCAAGAGAAAUAGUCGGUUUCUUCAAGGGGAAGCACGCGCAGCUUUUCCAUGCGACGACGAUGUUGCAGAUCUUUGACGAGAACGACAUCGGAAACCACGACUGGUUAUUGCCCGUCCUAGAUGUAUAUCUGCAGGAGCCGGUCGGCCCGUCGAUCAAUGACAAUAACUCGGGCAACGAGGUGGAUUUGUCGGGAUUCAUUUGCUCUAAGUCAAAUUCACUUCUUAUUUCAAGCCAAUUGGGAACACCCCGUGAGAUCAGUCGACGUGGGCAUCCCCGGGAAAGGACAACUAAUUUGGAGUUGAGCAAUGGAUAAAAGCUGGCCAAAAGUAACAUGUCUAGGACAGAAAGUGAGAAGGAAGCUCUAGUAAGCAAUGUAGCACAAAAGCCAAAGACCAUAAUUUGACAUUUGCUGGUCUCGACAGUAUCGACAAAAUAGCAUGGUUGUGUUGGUGCCAUGGGGCAGUUGAUUCUGGGGUGUGUUCUCAGGCUUCUUAGACUACUGUUUACAUGACAAGACUGGAAUAAAGAAUCGCAACC